AUGCCGGCCAAUGUCGCCGCCCAGCGACCGCGGUCCGAGACACCCACCAGCCGGGACGGUCCGCAAGCACCGGAGCAGGCGCCGGAAUGGAAGCCACCAGCGCCGCACCGCGCCGCCCGCGAGCGCUUCCUGCACUCCCUGCCCUACUACUCGGGCCCGUACCCAGUCGGCUACCUCGAGAUGGAGCUGCCCGCUCGGGAACCCCGGACCUUCUCCAACAUCAAGCGCAACCACCGGCACGCGCUGCGCCUCGACACCGUCCUGUUCUCCGUGUUUUACCCUGCAGACUCGAGUCAGAGAUCCGGACCAGGCGACGCGGUGGUGGCCGGGCUUCGGCGCGCCUCUUCGUCCGUACUGUCGCGACCUCAACUGUCGGAGGAGCAGAAGGCAAAGAAGGAGAAAAAGCAACGGGCCAAGGAGAAGCUCAAGACCGGCCGGCCCUCGAGCAACCGGGCACCCUGGCUGCCGCGCCCGCGGGUCCGGACCUGCAAGGGCUACGCCAAGUUCUUCAACAUCCCGCACCUGCCCGUCACGGCCUACAUCGCCCUGACGUCCAUGUUCACCAAGAUCCCGGCGACCAUGAACGCCAAGCUCGCCAAGCUCAGGCCUGCGGUGGAUGAUUCUUGUUCGGACGCUGCAUCCAGCGACGAUGGCGAUGGCCAAGAGCUUGGCGGCUUGGGUGGUGGCGGGAGCCAAGAUGCGAAGGAUACCAGAUUCCCGGUCAUCAUCUUCAGCCACGGCCUCGGCGGCUCCAGGACCUGCUACAGCUCCAUCUGCGGCGAGCUUGCCAGCCUGGGCUAUGUCGUCGUGGCCAUGGAGCACCGAGAUGGCAGCGGGGCGAGAACAUACGUCAACAUGCCGCUCGGCCAGGAGUCGCAGAACAUGGAGGAGAAGGGUGUCGACGAUCUCAAAAGGGCCAAGACCAAGAGACAGCAAAAGCGAAAAGGCUACUACGCGGUGGACUACAUAUUCCCCAAGGACAACGCAGAGGAUACAUCCCCACACAACGACCGAGGCGUGGACAAGGAGCUGCGCUCCGCCCAGUUGGAAAUGCGGCUCGCAGAGAUCGAGGAGGCUUUCCAUAUGCUCACGGUGAUAAAUAAUGGGCAUGGAAAUGAUGUAGAGGAGCGAAACUUGCGGAGAGCAGGAAAUGCUGGGUCAAAGUCGCAAGGGCUCGAAGGGCUGAUCUGGAGCGACUGGCGCGAGCGGCUAUGCUUGCAGAACGUCACGAUGAUGGGACAUUCAUUCGGCGGCGCAGCAACCGUACAGGCGUUGAGACGAGGCCAUGACCAGUUCCCAUGGAUUGGACAAGGCGUUGCGCUGGACUGUUGGGGUCCAGCCACGACCGUCUCACAAGAUCGCAUUAGCAAACCGAUGCUGUUCAUCGGAUCUGAAGCGUUUAUGCACUGGGAGGAGAACUUUGAUCAGAUCUGGGCUAUAUGCCAGGAAGCCCGCGAGAACAACAUUCUCUGUUGGAUGUUGACGAUCCGGGGCUCGACACACCUGUCACAGAGCGACUUUGCGGUCCUAUACCCGAGGUGGCUUUCUCUCUUGUGGAAGACCAUAGUGCACCCAAAAAGGGCGUUGCAGCUCACAAUCAUGCUGACUAUUGACUUCCUGGGUCUUGCGUCCAUCCCUGAGCCGCCCCUGAGCCAUGGGAUAUGGUCUCGAGAGCGCCUGCUCGAAGAGGCAGAGGUACAGACCGAAGUUCCCACGGAACACCGGCCCCCGGACAAGUGGAUUGCUGCUCGUCUCAAAAUCGAUCACGAAUUUUCACUUCGGAUGGCCAAAUGGUUACGCAAGUACAACAAAAAUACCGACAGGGAGCUGCCGACCGACGCAUCGGGGAAGCCGCUGCUCGGCCUCGAGAAUUGGAACAAGGGCUGCGAGAUUUGGAUGCAUCUGAGCCCUGAUCAAUCCCACGUGGAGCACCUGCGUCAACGUGAUGUGUUCAAGAGCUCUAGGCGAAAUGAAUGA